AUGAAGGAUUCGGGUGAGCUAAAGUACUUUCUAGGAAUUGAGAUUGCAAGGUCAAAGAAAGGCAUCUUGAUGAAUCAAAGAAAGUUUGUUCUAGAAUUGAUUACAGAACUUGGGUUGUCAGGGUCAAGACCUGUUAGUACACCUAUGGAGUAUAAUUUGAAGCUCACAUAUGUGAAGUAUGAUGAAUAUGUAGAUGUUAAAGACAAGAAGCAUGGUGACAAGGUGCAUGUUCUUAGUCAGUUUAUGCAGAAACCAAAAGAGUCACAUCUAGAUGUAGCAAUCAAGGUAGUUAAGUAUGUGAAGAAUGAACCUGGUCUGGGAAUUUUAUUGAGUUCAAAGUCAGUAUCACAUUUGAUUGCAUACUGUGAUGCAGAUUGGGCUGCUUGCCCAAACACAAGAAGGUCAAUUACUAGUUAUGCAAUGUAG